AUGGAUCUCGCUUCCAUUGACGAAGAUCCUGCUGCCGCACUUGCUGCAGUAGAGGCCGACGCCGCGUCUUCAGUCUCGGAUCAGCAGUACAUCUUCACAACACCAGAUCGCAAGCACCCUCUAUCUUCAAGUCCAUCAUCCAAAUCCACAACACCCGGAUAUUUCUCUUAUGGAACCAUCGACAGCAAUUACCGCAGUGAAUUUCGAGACCGAUACCACGACGACCAAGACAUUCCAGGUCUAAGAACCCCCUCGUUAUUGUCUAGCCCGAGUGUGGCUUCCAGUCUCGGAUUCUCCACCGGCCGCGUGAGCCCUCAAAAGAGAGAACAGUCCAACCAUUCGAGAUUAUCCUCUAUAAACGACUCAUCCCGAAACUCCUCUCCCUCUGAGCGCCGGAAUAACCGACCGCGCAACAGUCGCGAUGUUUUGGCGCAAAGGUUGAGCCAGCUCGCCCAUGAGCUCACCACGGGCGAAGAUGAUCUUCUCGACGAUAGUGGCGUCGACAUUCUCACUGCGCAACUGGAUCAGCUGGAAGGGACAAAGAUGCUUAAGAAGACCGUCUCAUUUUCCGUGCCAUCAACACCGUCGCCCCGGCCAAAUAUCCGACGACCCGUGAGUCUGGAUAUGUACAGCCCCGGUGAAUCCAUCUUCGGUACCCCAGGUUCGGCCUUUAAGACACGCUUUUCAGAUCUGGGUGCAUCUAUUAGAAGGGAUCCCGCACCAGAACCGACACCAGAGCCUGAUCCUCCACCAAACCUGGGAAUGACGGUAGCGCAGGCGAAGAAGGUUAUUCAGGAAGUCACACAACUCAACGAGGAGAUGUCACAACUCGUUGAAAACCUCAAGGCUCGUCAAGAAGAGUCUGAUCAUAUUCAAGGCCUUCUCAUUGAGCGUGCCGAGCGUGCUGCUCAGCGUAUUAUCUUCCUCCAGAAUCGUAUAUCUCAUCUCGAGCAAGAAUUGCGCGAGAAUGAUGAUGAACUUCAGUAUCUUCGCAUUUGUCUCAAGGCUGUCGAGAUUCAAAUGCCCGCACACCCCGACAAAGAACUCCAAAGAUGCAUAUCCUCAUUCAAGAAAGAUUACCAAGCCCUCAAACGAAAACGUGUCAACCGCUCCAGUAUCGCCAGUUUAUCCAGUCUCGGUUCUCCAUAUCCUGGAUCACCAGCAUGA